CUUGGAACACCAGCAGCAGCUACGGUUCCCAUGGAGACGGGGCCUGCUCAGCAGAGACCCGCCGCCGCUUAGAGAGCAACUCGCUCAACAAUGUUACAAAUGGAGAAAGAACUAAAUGAACUUCUUGUGAGGAAAGAACAAGAAUGGAAAGAGCUACAAGCUCGCCAUCUCUGUUUUCAGAAGACAACAUUGCAGGAUACCAGAAAGCAGCUCCAAGAAAUGCAUAAAAAAUUCAAUAGGUUAAAAGAAGAUUUCACCUAUAAUCUGAAAAUUCUGGAAGAGAGAGACAGAGAACUGGAGCGCUAUGAUGCCAUGUUUACUCAUUUGAAAAUGGCUGAAAAUGCUAAACAGGCAGAAGUUAGCGAUCUUAGGAUACAGCUGGAUAAGCUGCAACAAACACUUCUCAAGGAAACCCAGAAACAAGAGGCUCUGCAGUACCAAUAUCAACAAAAACUUAAAGAACAUCAGUUAGAGAUGGAGCGGCUGCACAGUUCUAAGGUUUCUGACAUUGACCAUCACUGUGAGGAGUAUAAGAAGCUGAAACAGCAGUUGGAGAGAAAACUCCAAGAAGUGGAAGGAGAGCUUGCUUUGCAGAAACAGGAGCUGCUAGUGGAAUUUGGUGCAGAAAUUAAAAAGAGAGAACAUGCAUUUCGACAGCAGGCAGAUGAAAUGAGUAAUUUAGUUCUUUCUCAUGAACUGAAGGUGAAGUUGUUGACCAGAGAACUGGAGGCUCUGAAAGAGGCUGGGAUGAAAGCUGCAGAAUCAUUGCAAAUAGCAGAAACUACUAAUUUGAAGUUGGAGAAAGAGGCCAAAUGCAAGGACUGGGAACUUAAAGAUCUUGCAGCUGUGAAAGAUGCUCAGAUACAGGAUUUAGAAUGUAAACUUCAUUUAGUAUACCAGACCUGGCAAAAAGAAGAGGAAACAUUUCAGAGAAAACAUGAGGUGCUAGAUCGCUUUGCGAAGGAAAAGGAUGCAGUACUGGCUUCAGUGAAAGAAGUCCAUGCUGAGCAAAUACAGAAGUGGGAAAAUCAGAUAAGAGAACUGCAAAUAAGUCAUGAAACUCUGGAAAUGGAGCUGCGUAGAAGGGAAUGGAAGCAUGCAGAUUGUUUGAAAGAGAAAGACACUGUUAUUGAAAAGCUUCAAAGAGAGCUAACAACACUGAAAACAAGCUGGGAUUCUCAUCUAGCUCAAAUCUCCAAAGAGACUGUUUCUAAAGACCUUCAAAUUCAGUCAUUGCAUGAGGAGGAGGUGAAGCUGAGGGCAGAAUUGGCCAGAUUCCAGCAGGAUAUAGAAAGGUAUAAGCAGCAACUGUCUCUGGCAGCAGAACGAGAGCAGAUUCUGGAACGGGCUAAAGUGCAAGCAGAACUGGACUGGCAGCGGCGCUGUGAAAAUGCUGAAAGAAAUCAAUAUCAGAAAUCAGAGGAUCUAAUACAGAGCCUGUCAACAGCAAGGGACCAGGUUACAGCUCAGCUACAAGAGAAGGAAAAGAAGCUGUGUGAAAUGGAAACAGUCCUGUCUGCUUUGACCUUUGAAAGAGACCAAGCAGUGCAGGCUCUUCAGAAACAUGGUAUAUUGCCUGAAGGAGAGAAACAGAUGUUUCUAGGUGGUGAUAAAGGAGUUCUUGGAAAAGAUUUUCCUGCCACAGAGAUCCAAAGAUUAAAGGAACAGAACACCAGCCUGCGGGCUGCUAUUGCAGAAAUGAGGAAAGAAAUGGAGACUCUCAGUGAUCAGACAGCAUCCUCGUUCCCCAGGAAAGAAAAUAUACAAUAUACACAGCAAACUGCCACUGAUACUAAGGCUGCUACAGUCAUAUUUACUCCUGAUUAUGUUCAAUCCCUGGAAGAGGAAAUAAGAAAGUUAAAGCAUAAAUACUGGAUAAUGGAAGAGCAACUAGAAAAGGCAUUUAAAUUUUCCAGAAAAUCAUCUGCUCCAUCCCAUGACCCAUCCAGCACUCAGCACCACUCAGCUCCACCCAUCACUCAGCUCCACACCCACAAUUUCCAGGAAACUAAUGGUGCAUUUUGUGCUCAUGAAGUUUUCUCUGGAGCUCCUUUGAAGAAGCUGGAAGCCAGAACAGCACCCUUGGACGCCAUGGUAACACAGCACAUACAAAAGGGUUCAGUGAUUAAAGGGCUUCAAGACGAGAUUGUAGAUCUCAGACAACAAUUAUCAGGGGUGGAGUCAGGCGAUGGCCCCCACCAUUGUAUAAAUUGCUCUGCACAGCAGAUGCAGAGUAAACUGAAGGAAGCAGUGAGAAAGAUCUCUAUUCUGAGCCAAGAAAAGCAACAACUAAUUGAAAUGGGAAACAGAUUUCGAGCAGAACUUGGUGUAGUAUCAAAGGAAGGACUUCAGCAUUACAUUAGCUCUAAACAGUGCCCUGUUCAUACGGUUUAUGGUGCUCUGUAUCCUAAAGAGCUUGCCAAUGAAGCACAACAUCGAUUCUCAGCUUUAGAGCAUCUACAGUACCAGCUUACAACACAGGAGCUCCAGUAUGCACAGCGACAACGUUUCUCAAGAUUGACUUCUAUGAUUACGUUUCCUAGCUCAAUAGAGAGCUUAAGUGCUGGAAAUGUUCCAAGUAGCGGUGGUGAGGGAGCGGAACUACCUGAGAUUCAGGUUCAACUGGAAUCUUCUGUUAGAAAUUGCAGUCCAGGGCAACAAAAGGAAUGUACAUCCUCAGAAACAGACCAAUCACAGCAACUCAGUAGGGAGAGCACUAGCCAAUCCCAACAGGCCUGGAUGUCAUCAUCUGGAGUACACAGCUCCCUCCAGGAUAUUUGGCAAAUUCUAGAUAUGGGAUCAAGCCCUUCUAUUCUCAGCCCUCAAAGCAACAUAGAUCAAGCCCUCAGGAGACUUAACUAUGUGUCACAUGCUGAGUACAGGAGAAAACAAGGUGGCACCAAUACCCAAGGUCCCUGCUGUGGCACAGAAUUGAUUGAGAUGAUCCCAGCAGGUGAACCAUGCCCUUUGCUUCAGAAGAAGGUGAAAAAUCCUCAAGAUCCCAGUCAUUCUGACCUGAAGGAAAAUUCCUUCCUGAUCCCAAAUCUGGUAAUCAGUAUGAUUUUGAGCAUAUGAGCAAGACAAGAUGUGUGAGAUAAUAUCUUUUAUUGGACCAACUUCUGUUGGUGAGACAGACGAGCUUUCGAGCUUGCACACAGCUCUUCUUCAGGUUUGAAGAAACUAACUCCCAGCCAUGCAUCUAGAAAGAAGAUCCUCUAUAACUUCUCAGGCCACUGGUCCACUGCUUGGUGUCCCAUCUCCAGCUGUAACCAAUCUCUGAUGCUUCAGAGGAAGGCAAAACUGAAAACUGAAUACAUUUAAGCCAAUUGUACAUCAGCUUAAAAAAUUCCUUCCUGAUCCCUGCAGGCAACUGGCUGAAGCCCUGAAGUAUAAGAUUUGAUUAUAGAACUGAAAGUGUUAUGAGCCUGUUGAGAGUGAGGCAGGCAAACCUGUUCUCCCCAUGGCCUUGAAGGAAGGGGAAGACUAGGGGAGACUCAGUAACAGAUUCCAAAAUCAGAAAGGACUAUUAUGACCAUCCAUCCUGCCCCCAUGCACACAGGCCAUAGAAUUUCUCUUAGAAGCUUGAUUAAAGUGUAUCUUUUAAAAAGAUAUCUAAUUUCUUCAUAAAGACUCUAAGCGAUGGUGAAUCCACCACCUCUCCCAGUAAGCUGUUCCAAUGUUUAAUCACACUCACUGCUAGGAAAUUGUGUCUUAUUUCAAUGUUGAAUUUAUCUAAAUUCAACUUCCAGCGAUUGGAUCCUGUUAUGCCUUUGUCAGCAAUGUUGGAAAGCCCCCCACCCCAUCAGAUGUCUUUUAUAGCUGUAAGUGCCUAUGUGCAGCAACUGAGUCGCCUUUCAGCUGUAUCUUGGAUAAGCUGAGCUCCCUAAACCUCACAUUUUAAGCAGGGCCGGUGCAACCAUUUAGGCAAACUAGGCUGCUGCCUAGGGCGCCUAGUGGUUGGGGGUGCCUAAAAGCCCGCUCAAGCGAGGAGGUGGAAUGGA